UGUACUCGUUUGUAGUUUUCAAAACGUUACAUUGUCGGCUGAGUGGAAGGUAUCUAGAUCAAAAUGUCGGUAAACAACAAGAAAGCCGUGACUAUCGGUAGUUUGAUCAAAAAGGACUUGAAGGACGCGUACUACUUGCCAGCCUGGCCAUCCUCGCACACCAGAGGCUACAGAUUUUACAAUGAUAAAAAGCACCGCGUCUACGACUGUCCACCACCGUCWCUGACCUUCAACAAUCUUUGUUUCCCGUUUAGAAACCUUGCAGCGGCCGGCGAUGAAGUCCCUGUUCUGUUAGACUACCAGCCUCCGAGGUACUUGAAAAAACAUUGGAAAAAGUGGCUCACAGCCUUCCCCCAAGCAAAAUUAAAAACCGUGGACGAAGGACUUCAGGAUGACGCGCUUAUUGUGACYACUGCGGCUCUACAAGCCAUYCCUGAGAGGAAACAUAGUGUAGACCCUGAUGUUCUUUACAAGGUCCAACUAAAGAGCGAACUCCCUGAAAUUGGAGUCCCAUGUCCACCACGCAUGGAAGAGAACGAAGUAGAAUGCCCGUGCAUUGUGAAAGUUGAUCAAAGUUGGUCAGGACGAGGGACUUUGAUGGCUAAAAACAAACAUGAAUUGUCRGCCAUUCUUAAAGAAAUCAGAGAAGAAAAUGGAUGGAAGGAAAAURUCCUAUUUGAGAAGCUYAUCCAAGGAAUCAAAGAAGUUCCCAGCUUUCAGUUCCAUUUGCACCGAUCUGGAGAAAUCUACUGGGUCGGAACAACUUGUGGAGGCUUCACUGGUUAUCAAUGGACAAGUGCUGUCGUUGAUUGGGACAAACAGGACUACUAUAAGAACCUGGUAUGGGAUGACUUCACUAUCCCUAUUACUAAAUAUCURCACAAACAAGGCUACUUUGGGUUGGUUACUUUUGAAGUCAUCAUAACAGAUCACGGAAUGUUCUUAUGCGACCUGAAUCCACGAGUUGGCGGCGACACGACGCAUUUGUUCUUGGCGCCUUUCAUGGCACAGUCGAUGGGCUACACACACUCCUGUCUCACACUGAACAACCACUUCAACGUCCCGGCUAAAACUAUCAUAGAGAACGCUAAUGAUUUGAACAAUACCAAUGUAGGAAGAGUGAUUGUGACAUCGGCAGCUAACGAUGGUAACGGUUCCUUUUGUGACUUUUCCAUUUAUGCCAAGACAGUGACGGACCUAAAGGUUCUUUAUGACAAAGUAACUCACACCUAGGACGUCAGACAGACCUUGAAAUAUGAACUGUUUAUAGACUGUAUGCAGACCUUCUAUAGGUCAGCUUUAAUGAUUCUCAGUUUUCAGGGRCAUUAUAAACGAUCAGAUGAACAAUUACAUUUCAUAUCUAUAAAUAUUCAGAUAAAUAUUAUAAAGAAAAUUCUCUAUUCUGCUAUGUAAAUCUGUUAUCAUGAAAUACGAUUAGCCCUGUAGGAUUAUAUUUUUUAUCACRUGUUUUUACAAUAAAUCUCUGUAC